AUGCAUGAAAAACAAAUAGAACAUGAACGUGAGAUAUGUUCUGGUUAUAGAGACUCGCCAUACGAACUAGACCAAUGGGAACAAGAAGAUUUAAAGAGAGAAUUUAGAGAAUAUGAACUCGCUAAGAUAGCAUUUGAAGCUGCAGAAAAGAAGUUAAAAGUUUGGGGUCGUUUUGUACAAAAAUAUUGUGAGUAA